AUGGGCCGCUGGCUGAUCCACUCUAGCCGCACCUUGCUCAUCAUCAGGGAUGCAAAGCCGACUGGUGAUGAAGUACAGUUCCUGGCCAUCGCCAAAACUGGCGCUGCCCGGGAGGGCAAGGACAGCACGGCCAAUUUCCGGCAGAAGCUGGUGGAAUUGUCAGCCACUGCAGCACCAGAAAACUGCUUGGCAGUUCUGGGUAUGAUCACCAUCAACCAGGACUACUUCUUACUCGUGGUCACUGAAGCUGUUCCCAUUGAAGUGGACCGAAUGAAGGUGCAUAGGGUACAGAAGGCCAGGGCCAUCCCCUUGUGGGAAAUCAAUGGUGAAGCAGCAGAGGCUCUCAAUGGAGUCCUGCUCCUCUUGGAGGACAAUUUCUACUUCUCGCACGACUUCGAUGUCACCAAGCGCCUUCAACGCCGUGACGCUUUGACAAGCGUUCCCAGCAUGUCAACGGCGGAGCCGCGAUUUCUCUGGAACAGUUUUUUGUGCAGACCGCUGCUCAACCAGAGUAUCUCCGAACGCUGGUUCACUCCAGAUCCCUGGCUGUGUGUUGCUGGUGCGGAUGAAGUUAUCAAGAAAUGCCCCAAAAAAUUAGGCUUUCUGCAAUGCCAAACCUUACCUGGCCGAAACAAUUCCAUGCUCCUGGUGCUGCUGGCGCGCAGGAGCUGCCGUCAUGCGGGAACCCGCUACAACGCUCGCGGUCUGGAUGAUGAUGGAGAGGCGGCCAACUGGGUUGAAACGGAGAUGUUAGCAAAGCUACCCGGAGAUCAUUGGAUCUCACUGGCACAGGUCAGAGGUAGCGCUCCAGUGUUUUGGGAACAGAAAUCCUCCACGAGUCCUGUGCUGGCAACGCGUGGUUCGCAGCUGCAAGCUUUGAGCUUUCGAAAACAUCAGGAACUCCUCCGAGAAGAGUAUGGGCAGGUCUUCAAUGUAAGCCUGCUGUCCGAAGCUUCUUCCAAGCGUGACACCGAAGGUCCGGCAGAGAACACUGUGGAUCGCGGGUCGCAGUUGGACGCGGACGACGAGGACGACGAGGACGACGAGGACGACAAGGACGACAAGGAUGACAAGGAUGACAAGGAGGACGAGGAGGACGAGGAGGUGCUGUUCUACCAGAUUCUGUCCAGGUGCCCUGAUCGAGAGUUUAAAGGCAUCCGUGGAGUUAUGGCUGAGGACAAGCAAUCGCCGUCAGAGGAAAACGCCAAAUUGGCCCUCUCUUUGGCGCGACUAUGGAACGACAUCACCAUCUUGAUUCUCUUCGUGAUGUGUGGAUGGGCGACUUGCUAUACCGACAUUGCACCACUGUGGCAAGAGGAGAUGGCACCGGCAGUUGAUUGGUCCUGCCUGGUGGCAUCCAUCAUGACUGCCACUGCCGUGGUUUUCGAGCUUAGUGCGUUGCUCAUUGAGUACAGUCCAGCAGACUUGCCCGUCUGUGUGAACACAAACGAUUCCAAGGUCAUGCUCUUUGUUUAUACAUGUUUGUCCGUCAGCUAUUUCAAAAUGGCUGUUUCCGGCAACCAGUGGGUUCAUACAGAUCCUUUAGCCUUUGGUGGUCCACGGCCAGUCUACACCUUGCGGUACCUGGAGUGGAGCAUCGCUAUGCCUUUGUUGAUCUCCUUAUCUGGCGACACAGAGGAGGAGGAAGAAGGAUUGGAAUCUUGGAAUGAUCAGAGCACUGGAGAGGUAACCUUGAGCGGCGACAGUGCAAACUUUGUCCGGGACCAGGCUUGUGACUCGCUUGAAAGCAAGUGGAAGCAGUUUGUGGCAGAUUCCAGUGCAGCAGUGGAGGAGGCGCAGGCAGCCCUGGCCGCGAAUAGAACUGCCAAGAUCUUGACCUCCGAUGCUGAGCGUGAAGCUGCCUUGGCAGAAUUGCAGAAGCAGCGCCAAAAACUGCAGAAGCGAGCCAAGGCGAAGUCGACUGCACCUACUCCCUUGGAACUCGGACGUCUUCUUGAGGAUGAAGGUGCUCUGCAGGCGCUCGAACGAGACAGGGAAGAGGCCAUGAAGGAGUGUCAGCAGUUUGUAGAUGCCGCAGCUUCCACUUCUGACGAGUGGAGAGACCUUUUGGAGGGGUGGCAAACGUUCGAGGAAGACUUGAUGAACCUGUCCAGCCACAAUCAGGCGCUGCUGCAGUGUCUUCCUCCAUCGAGUGCCACGCAGCAUUUUCUCUCUUGUGAAGAGCAUGAACAUUGGAACUUCGGAACAGCCACAUUCGAGUGCCGGCGCAGGAUCUGCGAGAAAGAAUGCCAGAAGGAAGCGUUUGGGCUUCUGCAGGGACGCUGGAACGACUUCGCAAAACUGAUGUUAGCCACGAUGAGCAGCUUGCCAUGCUGGCAGAGGCUGCACGAUGUGCAGCUGCGUUUGAUGAGGAGCUGCAAAAGCAGCGGCAGCAACUUGUCGAAAUUGCCUGACAGGCAAAUGAAGAAGCGAAGAAAAGCAUUGCAGAAGCAUGGGGGUGCUGAGCAGGCCAAGGACUCACUGGAAGUCUGUCGUACACUGGCAGACGAAGAAAUCCUGAAGGGACUCUCAGAGAAGCAGGCUGAGGCUCGUGCCAAAUGCCAGGCAAUGGCCAUCUCGGGCGAGGGGAUGUCAGAAGCUUGGGAGCAACUUGCCGCCACCUGGGUCCAGAUGGAGAAAGACAUGAACAAGGCCGAGAAGGAGGUGUCUGAGGCCUCAAAAGUGGUCACCAGCGAUGCAAACAGUGGGUUGGUUCAGGCCUUGGGUUUGGCGCAGGAUAGCGAGGUUGCCAGGGAUGUGGAUGACGACAGCGCUUCCAGCCGCAAAGCACUGAAAGAGGCUGCACGGCGCAUUGCUGUCUUUGACGAGGAGCUGUCAAAGCAACGGGCAGCGGUCAUGAGGCGCCGAGCUGCAAAUCCUUCAGGAGCACGCAUAUUGGGCCACGUGCUCCUCGAUGGCGAAGCGUUAAAGACACUGGCUGCUGAGUGUGCCAAGGCUGAGGCAGCGUGUCAGGCUGCAGCCGAAGAGGCAAUAGCGAAGAACGAUGGCGAAGCUGAGCAGUGGAAGGAGUUGCUGAAGCUUUGGAGCAUGCUUCAGAAAAACAUGGGAGAGGACAUUGAGCAAGCAGCAGCUGAAGCCAGGGCAUGCCGCGCUCAAGAGGCUUCCGAAGCUCUUGCUGCUGCUGGCUUGCCAGCAGCAGUCCGGCGAGCCUUGAAAUUUGAGAAGGAACUGGCAGACUUGAGCCGUGAAGGUCACCGUGGAACGGUGGAAGCUCUCUCAGAGCUUCAUCGUGCCCAGAAGCUUGCUUCAGUGACAACACUACGUGCCGAACACGCCAAAGGUUUGGAACUUUGCCAAGCAGGGCUUGCUGCCGCAGGCAAUGGAGAUACUUUGCCGCAUAUCGUGGAAUGUCGCAGUGCUUGGGAGGAGCUUGUUGAGCUUUGGCAAGGCUUGGGCAAAGAUCUUGAGGUUGCUGCUCAGGAGCUGGCAACGGAGAGACCAGAGCACACUUUUUGGCGGAAAGUGCUUGACACAAGUGUAAGUGAAGCAGAGCGACAGACCAUUUUGACGGAAGCUGCGAGAUGUGCCGCGCAAAUUGAUCAAGAGUUCCAACAGCAGCGGCAGAGGCUUGUCAGAAGAAAGAAGGUUGCGGUGGAGAAUGUGGGCGACCGCUUGCUGGUCUUGGGAAAUGCGGUUGAUCUCCAGGUCCUUGCAAAAGAGACGGAAACUGCAAAAUCAGCCUGUGAGCGAGCACUCAACGAAGCAAAAGCAAACGACAAUGUUGAGGAGGCCCAGGGCUGGACGCAGGUGCUCGAUUUGUAUGCUGCUCUGGGAACUGACAUGGACGCUGCUAGGAAGGAGGUUGAUGCCAACGGGUCCUUUUCAGGAGAGCCCGAUGUUGAUGUAGGCCGGCAGAUGGUCCAAAAGGUCAUCCGUGACCAAAAGAAGAGUGCUGCAAGCUGCCUGACGGCGGUGGAGCUUGCUUUGAAUGCGGAUCGCGGGCCCUUGGAGGAGCUUAUGGAAGCCCAGCAGGCUACAUGCAACUUGAAAAGCGGCGGAGCGUCGACAAACCGGUCAAGAGAUGCCCAAGCUGCAAGAGUUCAAAUGUGGGAUGUUCUCGAGGAAGCCCAAGGACUUCUUGACUCCUUCAAGGACAAAAGCAGCGACAAGACCAAGAGCCCUGCAAGUCUGAAGCGACUUGGUGAUGAGGCAUCCAAGCAACUGCAGGAAAUUUCAGACGCCUACUCUCCGCCAAAGCUCCAGGAUUACUUUGCAAAGGCCUGGCAUCCCAAUCCCGCGAUUCAACAUUUGCGCCCCGGAGAUCUGGCAUCAGACACUUCUCUUUUGUCAAAGCUCGAUGCAGAGGCAUGGAGAGCAUGGAGAGAGCGGGAUAACUUUGCACGGGGCAAGUGGCAUGUGACACAAUGCGGCAAGGAUGCUGAAGGCGACGCAGAGCUCGGUCCUUGGGUACGUCAUGGUGCGUCGGGCGGAGGCGGAUACUUCUCAAGUAGUUCUCAGCAGGAAGUAGCUGGUGAAGUGCUCCUGAUGGCGUUGCCACCUGAGAAAUCCACCUACUGGACGACGAGUUUCUUCGCCUGGGCGCUUGCCUUCCAGCAGGUCCGCUUGCCUAUUCUGAGAGCCGCAGUUUGUUGCCUGGAAGUGCCAACAGUGAUGCAGAGGUACGCUGAGACCAUUUGCUGUUGGAAAGUCAUGGGCUCUUCAUUGCUCUUCCAGGUGGCAUUUGAGGAUAAACCUGCAACCGUGAUGACCGAGAUUUGUCAGGCUGCACUGCUGAGAUCUGCUGAGAAAUUUGGUGGUGCAGUGGCGCAACUGCAUGUGGAAAGAUGCUUCUGGGUACGUCAUGAAUUCCUUCAGUCCAUGAAGGUGCUGCCGGCACGGAAGCAUUGCCGCCCAGACAGCCGCCUUGAGCUCCGACAAGAGCUACAACAACCUGAGGCUUUGCAUAAUGACCUUUUGGCCCAACUUGAGAUGAAACUAUCUGGCCCCUUGACAGGAAGCCAACCUCUUAACACAUUCUCCGAGCAGCUUCAUGAUUCCAAGAAUGCUGGCCACCCAGUAGCAGUAGCACCUUCGGGCAGACGAGGAGGAGGACCUGGUGACGGCAGCCUGUUGGUGCCUCCGCCAUCUGGUGAUGUGUCGCGGUCUUUAAGUCCAGCAUCUUCGCUGGGAAAUUCGCAAUCUCCAGGUCACAUGCCUCGGCGUUUGGAUCCUAUCGUCAGGCCUCACGCUCCUCCUUUGCCAUCUGCAGGGCGCCUUCUUCUUGCUACGCAGGAGAGUCCGGCAGACUCGGCAAGGUCAUCACCACGCUCCGGCUUCUAA